AUGGCGCCCUUGAUCAACACUACGCUGCAACGCUAUUCCCUCUUCAAAUGCCAAGCGCGCGGCAUCAUCUACAACGUCAUUGGGCCCGUCAACAGCGGCGCAAUGCAGUAUGAGACCAAGCCCACCUACGUCCAUCCGUCAAAGUCCAUGACCUUUGUCGACAUGCGCGCACUCGGGAAAAUCUCGAGCGACGAUUUGCCGCGGAUGGACGAUAUUUGCAGGGGCAACCAGCCGCCGAUUAGGCAAAUGUGCGACGGAGAGCUCCUCUACCCCGAUGUUCUGCUGCGACGCUGCCAGGAGUGGACAAAGGAGACGAUUGAGCUUUUGAAAGAGGCAGAUGUUCUUGUGUAG